AGUUCGAGAUCUUACAGGCGAGGUGACGUGUUUGCUGGUCGAGGCCCAGCAGGCGCCUUGUGCUUAAGGGUCAUAGAGUUCGCAGUGUCGCGAGCGGGAGCGGACGAUGCAGGUGUGCGGCUGCGUCUGGCACACAACGAAGAGUGGAGGGUCGUUCGCUGGGAGCGUCAAGCCUCAGUCCGGUCAGGGAGCUGAGAGCGUGCGAAUGGCUACCUCAUCCCGACCCGGGCCUUGGUCUCUGUUGGGCUUCUGGCUGUGGCUGCAAGGCAAGGCAAGCGCGGGUCUGGUGGAAGCUUGCGAGACGCCAACGGCAGCCUGCCUCCAGGGAAUACGGAUUGCCGACGAUGCGUGAGGCGAAAGGGAAAAAAACGAAAGGGGCGGCUUGGAGAAAGCGUCCAGGUCGUAGGUUGUUUUGCG